GGCCGGCGGGGAGCGCGAGCGGAACGGCCGGGGGACCCCUCCGCCUUCCCCCCCUUCCCCCGCGGUCGCGGCGUGUCCCCUUUUAGGGAAUUCUUUCGCUCUCGCUGACUCCAGUGCGGGUGGGGCAGGACGAAGAGGGAGCGCUCCAUUCCACGGGCCGGGCCCCUGGCCGCCUCCGGCCACCCAAAUCUCUACAGCUCUCUCCACCCCUCUCCCCUGCACCUUCAGUUAUGUAAACACCCCCCUUCCUCUCCCCAGCGCUUAGCUCCGCACCUCCCCAGGGGGCAGCCCCUCCAGUUUCCUGAGGUUGAUGGGGUGAGGGGGAAAGAGAGGGGGCGUCCCGGAGCUCGUGGUCCCCUCCAGUUCCCCGACCCCGACCGUCUUUGUCGCCCUUCCCCGCCCCCAGACAGCCCCAGAGGCCCUGGGUAUUUUUAGUAUUGUGACCUGGGCGGCAGCGCUAAGAGCCUUUCCCAGGAAUCGGCGUCAGCGCCUCCCUCCUCCGCUCCCAGCCCCGGCCACAUGGUCUCCCCACACUUCCUUGGCCCUGCCUGGCCCACUUGGGUUUGGGUCUCUCGCGGCCCACCCCAGCGCCGGUGGAGCCGGCCAGGGUCUCAGAUAUGCCGAGUCCAGAUGAGGUGGGGAAGGCAGUAGGCGGAGGAUGAUGAUCUGGUCCUCAAGCUUGAUACUCCCUUGCCUCCGGUGAUGGGCUCAGGAACGGAAUGGAGCGAAUCCGAGUGAAUGGCGUUCUGGAAAGCUCUCAGCACUGGGGGCCGGAAGGCCUGGUCUGAAUUGCACCCUUCUGAUUGCUACUCGAUGCCUAGUGGGGAGAGCAGACAUUGAGAUGUGUCAGAGGAGAGGAGCUCAAAGAAAGAGCUGUGGGGGGCAGAGAAGAGAUGGUGUCCUGUAAAUAGCACGGGGACCAGAGCUUUCCGUUUUGCAGAGCACCUUCACCGCCUGUGUCUUGUGCUGGAGGCAGGAGCUGACAUGGACCCAAAUCCGCGGGCAGCCCUGGAGCGCCAGCAGCUCCGCCUUCGGGAGCGGCAGAAAUUCUUUGAGGACAUUUUACAGCCUGAGACAGAGUUUGUCUUCCCCCUGUCCCACCUGCAUCUCGAGUCGCACAGACCCCCCAUAGGUAGUAUCUCAUCCAUGGAGGUGAAUGUGGACACACUUGAGCAAGUGGAACUUAUCGACCUUGGGGAUCAGGACGGAGCUGACGUGUUCUUACCUUGCGAAGAUCCUCCACCGACCCCCCAGACAUCUGGGGUGGACGACCGUCCCGAGGAGCCGAGCCUGCCAAUGCCCACGGCAGACAGGACCACAUCCCGCACUUUCUCCUCAUCCUCUGACUCCUCCACCAAUCCGCACAGCCCGGAUGUCAGUGAUGGCGGAGCAGACACGCCCUUGGCACAGUCUGACGAGGAGGAGGAUGGGGGAGAUGGCGGGGCAGAGCCUGGAGCCUGCAGCUAGCAGUGGGCCCACACCUACAGACUGAUUGAGCUGCCUAUUCUCCACUUGAGACCGCAGGCCCAGCCAGAGCGCUUCGGAGAAGACCAGACUCUUUACCUGCAGUAGGCACCAGAGGGGGGAAAGGACGGUGGGUGGUGUACCUUUCUGGGAAUUAACCCGCUCCUGCUUUACUGCUAACCUUUCCCUGCUGCAACCUCCCUGCCAGGUUUUGGCUUACUCCUGAGGUAGGGCCUGCAAGUGAGGAGAUGGAAGACGAGAUAGGACAAGAUGCCACUGCUUUUCUUAGCACUCUUCCCUCCUCCAAACUAUCCUGCAGUCUCCUGAUAGCGUCUCCUAAACCAGUGUCUCUAAAUGGACGUGAACUCCUUAACACUCCCAGUGAGAUGGUACUCCAGCCAUCCUGCUUCCUUACAUCCUUUUUGGAACAGGGCACGGUAUGAAUAAUAAACAGAUAAUAAUAUGCCAA